CUCAUACGUCAUACAUCUUUAACAGUCAAAAUCAGAUUCAUAUUGAACGUUUGUUCACAGGUGCUGACACCAUUGUCCAUGCACCAGUAAAAUUUAUAUAUCCAGGCUCCAGAAGCAACCACAUUGAUCAAGUCAGCAACGAACUGGGUAUCGUGCCAUCAACAACGGCGCCAAUGCGAAAGUAGAAUUUAAACACGACUCACUCAGGCUCUCCAGUUGUGUCACUUUGACUGGAUGCCAGCCCGUCUGUGGGCAGCCUAAAUACAGUGUCAUUGAUUUUCAAUCUAUUGGCGUUACAAGCGCAUUUAAAGCCUGGGCAACAACAUGCAUGCUGCCAAAGCAGUAAGGACGACGACAAAGGAGAAAUGCAUGAUUUGUACAAGGUGAUACGGGCUUUGCAAAGGGGAAUCUUGCUAACUAAUGUCACUGAGGUGAGGGGUACGCUAAACACGGCUUGCUUUUAUAUUGCGAAAAUAAUCUUGUGGGCAAUGCUUGAAGUUUUAUUGGUUUGGCAGUUUGGUUGCGCCUGGUGCAUACCAAUAUCGGUUGCGCCAGUGGUGAAUGACAAGACUGGCAAGCGAGGAUGUCGGAAGAACAUUUUGGAGGUACAUUGACCCAAUGGACAAAAUUUUUUUAAAAAAAAACUAUUAGAGUCCCAGAAUCUGCAGAUAGUAAGCAAUCCUGAAUUCCCUCUUCGAGAUCCAUAACCAGGAUAUUGUGUCGGGCAAGCUUUACUUGUUGACUUGAAGAACACAGCUCAUUGGACAACCACCAGCGGAAGUGAUGCUCUCUGGCACAUAUAUAUGCGGUUAUAGAUUUGAUGAGGACUUCCAGCUUCUUGCCUCAAUGGUUUGGAUGCUCAAUACUAUUUGGCAGGUCCUCGCACUGUGUCUGUCAGUCUGGAUUGCUAUGAAACACUUCCGUCACCUGCGACGACUCGGCCCAUCAAAAGGAUCGACCAUAGGGGACUGUUUCAGAGUGCUGAUAAAAUCUCGCGUGCUUUAUUUCGCA